UCAUUUCAACACUUCUCAACAGCUUCCCUUUUCUUGCCAGCACCUACUUGAAUUUUAUUGUACAUCGAGGAAAAAGUUCCCUUAAAAUUUCCAAAACCAUUAUACAAAACAUUAGAAUGAUACGAACCAGGAGGUCGAAGAAAACAAGGAGGGUUCCUAUGGAAAAGAUUGCUAGUUUCGACGAAGAUCCCGAAUUUCGAGCACUACUGUUGGAUAUAAUGCGUGUUCUGGAAGCCAUUCCCGAAGCAGCUUGAUGCAAAAUCCAUCGGAAGAAAAAGUUCGUAGGGGGUUUGUUGUAGUGUUACAUCAGAAACCAGACUUAAACACUAUCUUAAAUUAAAGUUUCAAUGUCCAAAAACGUUGCGUAUUUGUGCAGCUUUUUCGCUUUAUAGAGUACACUUAAAACGACUUUCGAUGUCGCCAUUAGCAGAGUUUUCUCGGUUUGGAAAAUUGUGUGCGAGAAGACGGAAAGAGACGGAGCAACUCUGCCGCCUGGCUGGAAGGUUAUAUAAUAACAGGCCAGUCGGUCGAUGGAGAGAAGCGACCCGAGUGGGCUGCCACUGCAUCUGCGACUGCAAAAUAGUUAGUGCAAUCAACCUGAAAUUGGAAUGCCAUGCAAUUGGAAUGCGUUACCAAAUAUUGAUGACAGUAAUAGCCGCCUCGGAGGGUUCCCAAGUUUCUGAGAGCAAGAAAUCACUUUACAUAAUCGUCGGCAGUCAGUCAGCUGUUUAUCGGCCCCGAGAGAAGAGACCAGACCAGACCGAACCGAACUGAACAGACCGCUAAUAAAGUACCCCAAGCUACCAUGUUACGCAGACCCCAAGUUGGGUGAUAGAAAACGCCCCACCAAGUGGGACUUUUGGCCGCCGCCCCACUGAUUGCAGUUAUUUGGCUGGGAUUUGCUGUCUUCAGUGGUUUUUGGCGUGGGUGUGCGGCUGGCGCCACAAUUAAGUGGCGGUUUUGAAUACCCACGAGGCGUGUCCUUUUGAGGAGUGGCUGUCUGGAAGAUUUCCCACUCAUGUGGGUCUGGAAUCCUGCCUUGAUUUUGGCGAAAAGAAUGCA